UGGUCGUAGAACAUUUUUUCCAUUACGCUUGACGUCUCUCUCUCUCUCUCUGCAUUAAAACCCACUACCGUCUCUUCAUUUCAGCGUCGUCUUUCGUAAGAUUUCUCAGAAAGCACAGAAGAAAAGAGAAAUGGUGAGCCUGGAACGGACUCCCACAUGGGCAGUGGCGACAGUGUGUUUUUUGCUGAUUCUGAUAUCCAUUUGCACAGAGUAUUUGCUUCAUUUCCUUGUGAAACGGUUUUUGAGCAUGAAGAGGAGAAAAUCACUAAGGCGGGCUCUGGACAAUAUCAAAUCGGAGUUGAUGCUUUUGGGAUUCGUAUCGCUGUUAUUGACGGUGAGCGAGAAAGCAAUUGCUAACAUUUGCAUCCCUAAGAGUUCGAAUAAAAUAUUUCUACCCUGCCCGACUACGAAUUCGGCCACUUACUUCGUGGAAGAACCCAAGUGUGAUUCACAGGCCAAAGCCUCGUUAAUAUCUAGAGACGGUGCAAAGCAAGUCAAGUAUUUGAUCAUCUGUUUAGCCUUUGUUCACAUCUUUUCCAGUCUCCUCACCUACAGUCUUGGAAUCGCCAAGAUGAGGAGAUGGCAGUACUGGGAAGCAAAAACCAGAACGUUGGAGUAUCAAUUUACAACCGAUCCAAGAAGAUUUCAAUUUGCUCGUCAAACAUCCUUUGGAAGGAGGCAUCUAAAAUUCUGGAGCGACCAUCACAUUCUUCGAUGGCCGGCCUGUUUUCUUAGACAAUUUUAUGAAUCUGUCUCCGCAGCCGAUUAUCUCACUCUUAGACAUGGUUUCAUUGCGGCCCAUCUUGGGGAAGGGACCAACUUUGAUUUCCAAAACUAUAUUACAAGAGCUCUAGAUAAUGACUUCAGCGUUGUUGUGGGGAUCAGUUGGUGGGUUUGGAUUUUUUCUGUUAUCUUCAUAUUCUUCAGUGCACAUGGGUUUCACAGCCAUCUAUGGCUUCCCUUUAUUCCAUUAUUAAUGCUUUUGUUGGUUGGGACAAAGCUACAAGGCAUCAUGACUGAGAUGUGCUUGGACAGCCAUGGGAAGUCCCAUGUCGUCCGAGGAACUGUGCUCGUUAGGCCCAGUGACCAAUAUUUUUGGUUGGGCCGGCCUAAGUUGCUUCUGUAUUUCAUACACUUCAUUUUCUUCCAGAAUUCUUUUCAAUUAGCAUUCUUUGCAUGGGCAUGGCUGAAAUUUGGGAUGAGAUCGUGCUUUCAUAGAGAGAUUUCAGAUUGGGUAAUAGGAGUUGCGGUGGGUGUGCUGGUGCAGUUCAUUUGUGGCUAUGUCACUCUGCCUCUCUAUGCUCUGGUGGCUCAGAUGGGGAGCUCGAUGAAGAAAACGGUGUUCACGGAGGGGGUAGUUGAAGGGCUGAGGAAAUGGAAAGGGAGAGCGAAGAAAAGGGUAGCUCGAAGAAGGCAAAGAGGGCGCCAUGGGUGCGACUGCAACUUCCCGCAUUCGUCGCCGCGUGCAUCAGUUGACGCGGGGGUUGACUCGCCACCUUCUUUCAGACUUGAGGCAGCGGCAAUGGGAAUGGCAUCUGUGGAUUGUGGUCGUUUACAAGGGGCGGGUGGGAACAAUAAACAUUAUAAUACUUGUUCGGAUUCUGCUGCUCUUUCAAGUUGUGAUGAUGAUGAUAAGCUAAAAGGCAAACGACCAGUUGACGAGCCGGAUCACAAGGCCAGCUCCUUUGAUGGCUUUGACUGGGCUACCAAAAUACACCGCAAUUUUUCACGACAUGCAAUGUAGCACGUGCUCUAUUUCAAUUUAAAUAUUACUUUUUUUCUUUUUUUC